UUCCAGAAACAAGCAGGCUCAUCAUAAAAAUGGAAUGAAGAUAACGUACCAGCAGUCAAAUAAUUCUCUCAGGAAAAACUGCGAUCAAUUACGCUGCCCAAAAUGUGGAAGUCAUAGAAUACACAUAGAACCAAUUACUUAUGCUGCUCCAUUUGUAAAAUGCAAUGCUUGCCAGCAUUUCUUUCUGAUGUUGACUUCAAAAACAUCUCCUGCAAACAAUUACAACGAAGUUGGUUUGUGGCAUAUGGCUGACAAAAGUGACUGCCAGGUGAAUCUGCCAGCACCCAAAGAACUCCAUCGCAUUUUGGACGAAUAUAUUAUCGGCCAAAAUCAAGCAAAGAAAGUUCUCUCAGUAGCCGUCUACAAUCACUAUAAAAGGCUUAUAAAUAAUAUUCCGUCCCAUGUCACACAACAUUCCGAGGGUUAUGGUCACGGCUUCCCCAGCUCGUCAAGAGAACUAGUGAACAUCUCAGGAUUGAUUCCACCCCCGACUUACUUAUCACAACAACCAGUACUACAGAGAAAUUUCCGGAAGAACUUUGAUAAUGUUAAUAACGCUGUUCAUUUUGACAAAAGCAACAUCAUUCUGCUUGGACCCACAGGUUCAGGGAAGACAUUGAUGGUCCAAACAUUGGCCAAGUGCUUGGAUGUACCAUUUGCAAUCUGUGACUGUACGUGCCUCACACAAUCCGGCUAUGUUGGUGAAGACAUUGAAUCAGUCAUUGCCAAGCUGCUACUGGAUGCAAACUUCAAUGUUGCAAGAGCUCAGCAAGGAAUUGUCUUCCUUGAUGAAAUGGACAAGAUUGGAGCAAUUCCGGGAGGUCACCGGUUACGCGAUGUGGCGGGAGAAGGUGUGCAACAAGGCUUGUUGAAGCUGAUAGAGGGAACAAUUGUGAAUGUUCCAGAACGCAGUCCACGGAAAUACCGUAGUGACACCAUUCCAGUGGACACCACCAACAUUCUGUUCGUGGGUUCAGGAGCUUUUAAUGGAUUGGAUAGAAUCAUCAGCAGGAGGAAACACGAAAACUACCUCGGAUUUGACGCGGCACUUGGCUGUCGUGCUGCGGCAGCAGCUGGCCUGGCUAAUUCCUCUGGAGUGAACGCCCAUGAAGACUUCCCGGAGAGAGAUAAGUUACUCCGUCAGGUGGAGCCCAGGGACCUAAUGGAAUACAGAAUGAUUCCUGAAUUUGUAGGAAGAUUUCCUGUCAUUGUCACACUGCACAGUUUAACUGAGGACAUGUUAGUUCAGAUUUUGACAGAACCACGGAAUGCAAUAAUGACACAGUACAAGAUGCUGCUCAGCAUGGAUCAGUGUCAUGUCUCCAUUUCCGAGGAAGCCUUGCGCGCCAUCGCAAGUAAAGCAAUUGAGCGUGAGACAGGAGCGCGAGGACUGAGAUCAAUCGUGGAACAGGUACUACUUGAACCCAUGUAUGAGGUGCCAAAUUCAAAUAUCAUUAGAGUCCACAUAGAUAAGGAAGUUGUUGAUGGGUUGAAGAGCCCAGAGUAUAUCAGAGCAUCACCGAAUGUGGAUAAAAACUGUGACGAUUAUGAUUGGAUGGAAGGAGCUGACACCAACAAGUGAUUAACCAGUGGAAUAGUAAUUAACCCGAUGGUUUGGAUAAUUAACUAAAAC